AUGGGCUCUGUGGCACAGCUCAUGGAACAAGUUUCAGGGAAUGGACUGAGACACUGCCACAACCUAGCGAAGUACUCCCUUUAUCACUCAUUUCAUCACCUUCUGUUCGAUAAAACAGUCUCUGAGCUUUAUAGAAUAUUGCAGAAUUUACGGGGAAAUAGAAUAAAAAGAAAAUCCGGCGCUUUUACUUUUUACGAAACCAGCUUGAUUGUGAAUUGUUUUCUGUUUCCCCGUGGUACAUCCAUUGUGCAAAAUGUGUCCUACGAAUUUGACGUAUUCCUUGGUGGCGCUUGCAAUCCUACCAGCUGGAGAAUUGAUACGGCUAUUCCUUUUUUGGAAGCACAUUCUAUCACUUACUACAAUCCGCAAGGAGUGGACUGGUGCCCCGACUUGAUCGAUGUCGAAGCCAAGGCCAAGUCUUCUUCUCGUGUUUUACUUUUUGUGUUUGAGACUUGGCGAACUCGUGCGGUGUCCAGUUUCAUUGAAGUUUCUUUUCUGGCGGCGCGGAAGUGCAAUCUGGUUUUGGUCUUUUCAGAUAUCAGCGGUGGUCAACUACCUGUGAUAAACGGAGAACAGGUUUCAAAGACCGAAUAUAUCUGUUUGCUACAAGCGAAAGCUCACUUGCUUGAUUUAGCCAGACAUCGCGGAAUCCCGUUGUUCUUCUCUCUCACUGAGGCUCUGCCCUUUGUAAAAGAACUGGUUAUGCAGCACCAGAAGGAGGAACAGCUGCGGCAACACCUAUCAUCACUUCCGGAAGAUGAGCGUAUUUUGAUAGACGAAGUUAGUUCAGUGUGCAAAGUCUUUCAAUCUUUACCACAAUGCGCGCCUGGUUUCGUCAGCCCAGAGAACGAAAAGAUUGGUCUCCAUAGACUUGACGCCGAUUUACCAUGCCGGGAGCUCCCUUGGGGACACACUUCGAGUGCGAUUGAUUUCCCACAAUUCUGCCUUCACUACGGGUCCUACAUUCGUCAGCAUCGAGCUUCUCGCUUCAAACUGCAAUCGGCUCCAGUGACCACGCACCAAAACCGUCACGUGAUUCCCAGCUGGAUGGCUCGUCUCUCCCUCCUCGAUUCAUUGGAUAAGAAAGCGAAAGUGUUGGCCGAAUCCUACUUUUCCUGGUCUCAUAGUUUUAGUUUUUCGGACCCCUCAUCGUCCGAAUUUGUACCUACAUCGUGCACUUCCAAUUCUUCCUUACAGAAUGCACUUCUUGCUGCUGAACCACCGUGCAGCCAGACAAUUGAUGUGUACCUCAAUGUAUCUGACUUCAAUAGCUAUCCGCUCAGGGCCUCCAGCUUCCUUCAUCAGGUCGAAACAUACCUACGGCGAUCUAACCCAAACAUCCGCACCAAUUUGAACUUCCACCGAGUCGGUGCAUCACGCAUUUCGCUUGAAGAACGAGGACCUUUUGGUCAGUGGUUACGUGCGCACAGUCGACUCCUCCUCUUCUACGUAACGGCAACAUCGUUGGACGUGACACAAAUGCUUGAAGCCGCCUAUUGCAUUGGACUAGGAUUCAACGUGGUGUUGUGCGUGGAGCUUAUGCACAGUCAAACGGAUUGGGUUGGUUCGGCUACCGCUGCUUCCUCUACAUCUUCCAGUCCCAUCACGUCGAAAUACAUCACUGUUGGUCGACCUACACAUGGAUCCAGUAUAAACUUUCCUCCCUCCGAUUCAGAGCAGUUAGCCACAGUUCGCCAAAUCUCUUGCCCAAGUGAUGUAAAAUUGGGGUUAUCUUCCACACCCAUCGAUCGUCUGUUUUCCAGGCGUUGUAACGAGCGCUGUCCCACCUCCCCACUAACAUCUGUCACUAGAUCAGUGAGGCCGGCCACUUCCGUCGAUUCAGGUUUCGGCUCCCUGCCCAGUCCUGUGGGAAAUCCACGCGGUACCUGUUUCAAGGAUCCAGAUCACCAAUUCAAUUAUCCAGUGGACACCCGUCUCUGUCGUGACAAACGCCCCACUCCUCCGCACUCCGAUUCCGAGUGGUGCUCCCAUUCACCCUUCGCUGUCAAAGAUCACAACCGCGGACGCACCUAUUUGACCUCAAUAGGAAACGAGAUGCACAUUCCAAUCACGGACACGUUCACAGAGGCGUUGGUGCUAUGCGAAUCAGUUUUGGCACGACCCAGCUAACUGCUUCCUUUUCGUGUCCGAAUCCCUAUCCCCACGUGGUCUUUCAUUCACUUCGCCCUUCAAAAGCACGCUUCCCACGUGUCAUCGCUAUUUUUCCUUUCCAUACGGUGUUUCAGUCUCUGUUCGUUGAAGUAACUUGCAAUACCCGCAUUUUUAUAUUGAUAUGCUUCCCAACCUUCAUUAAAGCUUUUGCUUUUUACUGUCGCAUCUUUAGCAUCCCACCGCACUUACCUCUACGUCCACUUAUGUCGCUUUUCUGAUCAGAACUUGCUGUCUAAGCUGUGCUAAGUUGUCUGUGAUUAACCGGCUUCCUUGUUAGUAAGACGAACUGGAGUGAGGUCUCCUUCCACUUGUUCCUUUGUAAGCUUGUCCUGUACCACCCGCCUUUUCACUGCUUUCAGUGUCUUCUUAUCAAACAUUCCAGCUUUAGGUUUCAUUGAACACAGAGUUAUUCACAUUCAUUCAUUGUUCUUCCAUUCCGUCUUGGGUGUUUGCUUCGCACUGCGACCCUCAUAUUCAGAGCAACUCAUCCACCACAUACAAGUCACAAGAAUUGUGGAUUCGCAUGUGCACCAUGUACGUCUAAAUAAUUGCUUCCACACAGAGUGUUCAUCCCCAUAGAAAUGAGUGAACUCAACAGUUUUCCAUGUGUUAUCUGUUCAACAACUCAGAGGAACGUCCUUUGAUUCGGUCUGGAGACGAGGCUCCCUUAAGUGCGGGUACAAUUGUUCUGCACUACUAUACAUCGCAAUUUCUUUCUUGUAAACUACGUUUGGAUGUCAUAGCAACUGGUUCGAAAUUAUAUAUCCC